GCAAGAAAAAGCUACACAAGAGUGAGUAUCUAAAGAAAUGUCGUGACUGCGGAUAUAUAUGUCAUGUAGAAGCUAGGAGAAAGAGCUGGUUAGGUUGUUCUGAAGGAGCAGAGCAUCCUUUUCUGUUGUUCGCUGUCCUCAAGGCAGUGCGUAACCAGUGCGUAAAGUUGGUACCAAUCGGGCGUGUCUGUGGACCCAACCCCUAAUAUGUGUGCGUGGGAUGUGCUUUGUUUUAUAGCAGCUUAAAAAGAAAACAACAAAAAAAGACCUCAAUAAGUCCAAUCGAGGCACCAGAAAAAGAAAAAAGGGGGACACCAGAGACCAGAGCAGACAAUGCGGUUGUUUCUUCUUUUGAGCUGCCGUGAGCAUCUUAACUACUGAAAGAAGAUGACUUGAACAUGCUGGAAUUUUUUUAAGCUCCAUUUAUCAUUGUUUUUCUGCAUUUUUUUUUUCCAAACCGGUGAUUAGAUUUUUUACCACAAAAAGAUGAAAUUCCCAAUAGAAACCCCGAGAAAACAAGUGAACUGGGACCCAGAACAAGUGGCGGUCCAGACCAACUUGGCCCCUCCAAAGAAGGCCCAGUCCGGAAUGGUGAAGUCCAGCCUGGUCCAGGCCAGCGUUGCCACCAUGCAGAAUCCGAUGGGUUGCGAGCCCAAGGCCAACGGUCACUGUGCACUGCCUCGCCUCUCCAUCUCCUCGCGCUCGGCCAGUGUGGUGGCCAGCAUGGAUGCCAGCUGCGAUGGCUCGACGGGUCUGGCGGCGCUCCACUCGGUCAUGAAGUGGAAGACGGUCCUGGCUGUGUUCGUGGUGGUGGUCCUGUACCUGGUGUGUGGGGGUCUGGCGUUCAGGGCGCUGGAGCAGCCGUUUGAGAGCGACCAAAAGACAAGCAUCACCAUGGAGAAGGCUUCUUUCCUGGCUAGACAUCCAUGUGUUACGCCGGAUGAACUGGAGGCUCUCAUCAAGGUGAGUUGA